AUGUUUCGCUUGAAUUUCCAAAUCCUCUUUCUUGCGUUAAAAUUUAUCAGUGCAUCUCUAGAAUAUGCUCUAAACUGGACCGAGUUGCCAAACGAAGCCGACUGGAUACAGGUUCCUAAUCCCACGUGGCAACUAACUUGGGUUCAUCGAUCGGUAGUGGAGGCGCAAAAUCGCGUUAAGUGGGGUUCCAACGAAGUGGAUGUGUCAUUCGUGUUCUUCUCCAGGGAAAAUGACAGCGGAGCAACGUUCCGGUUAAGUGAUAUCCAGAAUGUGGAUGAAUCUUCGUUUGAUGCUUCCCGACCAACAAGAGUCAUCGUUCAUGGCUGGAUGAAUCAUCGGGAUUCACCGUUAAAUGUGCAGAUUCGCAAGACGUAUCUGUCCGGAUGGGAUUACAAUGUGAUCGUUGUGGAUUGGUCUAGCUGUGCUGGGAGAAUGAACUACAUUGCGGCUGCGGCAUGCGUGAAGACUGUAGGCGAAAUUGUUGGCAGAAUGUUGUGGCAAUUGAGGACGAGCAAGCGAUUGUUGCUGGAUGACGUGUACGUUAUUGGACACAGUUUAGGAGCUCAUGUGGCGGGGGUUAGCGGGAAAACCGUAGGAAGAGCAAGGCUUUCUACCAUUGUGGCCUUGGAUCCUGCGCUGCCACUGUUUUCCGGCUGGCACAAGGAUAAUCGAGUCGAUAAGGACGACGCUAAGUACGUUGAAGUCAUUCAUACCAAUGGAGGGCUGCUGGGGUUCCUGGAACCCAUCGGAACGGCAGAUUUCUAUCCGAAUGGAGGUGUUGUACAGCCGGGAUGCGGAAUCAAUUUUGCAGGUAUUUGUGCACAUUCUCGCGCUUGGGAGCUCUUUGUCGAAUCGUUGAUCGAACCGGAGGAAUAUCUUAUGGCGACACAGAUUCUUUCUAUAGGGAAUCUACCGUUCAUUGGAGGUUACAACACCAACAACACCAACAACAACAAACUUGCCAAAAUGGGUGGAAACCCGUCGAAUUCCAACGGUCAAGCCGAUGGUCUAUACUACAUGAUCACCAGUGACACAAGUCCUUACUUUGUACCAAAUAAACCAAACUAG